UCUGCGCUGGGUGUCGUUACCAUGGUCAUUGUGGCGAACAUGGUGCUCUCCAAAGCCAAUGGAAUGAACCGUGCUAUAAUUAAUGCCGGAAGGGCUCCGCCCCACGAACUAGAAGCCAAUGGCGUGCCCCGUCCCAAUGGUUUCCACAGGAAAAACAGCCCUUAGAGCCAAUGGUGUGCGUCGUAUCUAUGGUUCCUUCCGGAAGGAUGCCUGUGCGUCUCUGCAGCAAGCGCGGUUGCUAUGACGCCUGGGGCUCGGUAGGCACCUGCUGCUCGCCGCUGAACGGCAGUGGAGUGGAGCGACCUUGGGACCCUCACGGCGAACUCCGAAAGACAGUGGUUUCUGAGGCUCCUACCUCAGCCCGAGAAGGAGAAAUACCUAUUUCCCUCUCUUUUUUUCACCACUCCGGGUCUUUUCCGCUUCUCUCCUUGGUAUGGCAUGAAACUCUAGGAGGAGAGCCACUCCUGGCUCGGCUUUUCUAGACCCGGGCUGGAGUGAUUCCGUUUGAAGAACGAUUCGCACGUUUGCUCCGGACCCAACUGCUACAGCCAUUUGGUAUUAGGUUCCCGCUUUUAUUUAUAGCAGGUUUAUAACACCCUCAGUAAGGUAGGUAGGCGUUCCUUUUCUCGCUUUACUUAUGAAGAGACCUAUCCCAGGACUGACGGCCGUGCCUGAAAGUCCCGGCCACUGCGAAGUCCACGGAGACACGGGUACCCCUUGGUUGUAGGCCCCGUGAACAACGAACCGCUGCUUUCUGGUCUGCUUUUUUGGUCGACGUUCGUCAUGCAGGACCUUGAUUCCCGAAGAAGCUGUGGAGGCCUUUCGUGUCCUCAACACCAGACAUCAUCAAAAACCAAACUAAAGGAGGUUUAAAGAAAUGUUAUAUCAAGAAGGCUUGUCUGAAAUAGCUUUGAGCAGCUCCAGUGAACAAACUGCAUACUUACUGGUAGAGAGAAGUACACUCUUGGGGAAACUGGAACUUGUGGACCCCAAGCAAGAGUCACAAAGAUGUAUCAACAGUAACCUACAGAAAGAAUUUUCUCAGUCCCUUAAAGAACACCUGGAGAAAGAGAAAACAUCACAAAACUACCUAGAGAGAGAUGUGGAACCAGCCGCAAAGAGGUUAGAAAUGGCCAAUGAAGAGAUCCGAAGACUCACCGAUGAAUUACAAGUGAAAGAAAAGGAGCAGAGUAAAUUAGAUUCUGCACUUGAGAUUGCUCAACUAGAAAUCAAGAAAUUGAAAGAAAACUUGAUAAAAUUAAAAGAAAAUGAUUCAGUUGACCUACAGAAAGCAAAGGAGCAUAAUCAGAAACUGGAUGAGGAAAUUCUGGCCUUAAGAAAUAGGGUUCGAUCACUUGACUCAGAAAAAAAAGCACUUGGAGAAGUGGUUGAAAGACUUAAAGGAGAGAUUCAUGAAUCUCAAGAGAAUGAACAAGUUGGAAAACACUACCCAGGAAAAACUCUGGGUGCUGAACAGAGAAUGCAGAUACUGAAAAUGAGCCAAGAAAAAAUUGAAAUACUUGAAAAUGAGUUAUCAGAAGAGAGGGAGAGGAGAAAGCAAUUGACAUCUGAUCUUAAUAAUGUACAGAAGGCUUUGAAAGUUGAAAGUGAGGAAUUGCAAAAAUCAAAGUCAGAACUUACAUGCCUUUAUAAUGAAAUUCAAAGUCUUAGAGGAACAACAGAAGACAGAGACCAUUUUUUAAUAGUAUAUGACUUACUACAAAGAGAGAAUUCUGAAUUAGAAACAAAGGUCCUGAAGCUUUCUGAAGAAUUCAAACAAUUAAAUAAUUUUACUGUAGGGGGAAAAACUGCAGCUGCUAAUUUAAUUACAAGUGAAAAUAUCUGUAAAGAUCUUGUGUCUAAAGUACCAAUUUUGGAAGUAGAGAUUCAAAGCCCAAAGGAAGAGAGAGAGGAAUGCUGUCCCAAAUUAGGAGAAAAUGAGCAGAAGGCAAUUCCGGAGGAAUCAGUAAAGGAGGGUAAUAUUCCAAGAGAGGGGCAGAAGGAGGAGUACCCACAACAGAAUCAAGAUAUGAAAGAUGAAAAAUGCCAGCUGACCAUGAAGUCUGAGGAAGUUGUGAAGCUUAGAGAAGAGUUGAGCUGCAUGAAUCAGAAUCUUCUCCAGUCUCAAAGUUCUGGGGAUAGUUCAAAUGACAGUAGCAUUCAGAAUCCAUCAUCUGAAGAAAAAUUUAAAUACCAGCAGCAAGAGGAACUACAACAACUUCGCCAGAAUUUGCAUCGGCUCCAGACUCUGUGUAACUCAGCUGAAAAAGAACUUCGAUAUGAGCGAGGAAAGAACUUGGACUUAAAGCAACAUAAUAGCUUACUUCAGGAAGAGAAUUUUAAGAUCAAAAUUGAACUAAAGCAGGCCCAGCAGAAGUUAUUAGACAGUGCAAAGAUGUGCUCUUCACUCACAGCAGAAUGGAAGCACAGUCAGCAGAAAAUCAAGGAACUGGAGCUGGAAAUACUUAAACAGGCUGAGAGCAUUAAAUCACAGAACAGCCUACAAGAAAGGCUGACUCAGGAGAAGUCUAAAGUUGCUGAUGCAGAGGAAAAGAUUUUGGAUCUGCAGCAGAAAUUAGAACAUGCUCAUAAUUUCUGUGUCAUAGACACUUGUAUUUUGGGGAAAAAGCAGCUAGAGGAAAAGAUAAAAGAAGCAAUAGAAAAUGAAGCUAAAGUGAAACAACAAUAUGAGGAAGAACAACACAAGAGGAAACUCCUGGAUCAGAAUAUAAAUGAGCUACAAAGACAAGUGAGAAUAUUACAGGAUAACAAGGAUCAACUGGAAAUGACCAGUUCUCAACAACAAUCCAGAAUUCAACAACAAGAGGCUCUACUUAAACAAUUGGAAUAUGAAAAAAUAAAAUCUGAUGAGUAUCUCAAGAGCAACCAGGAACUGUCAGAGAAGCUGACUGAGUUGCAGCAAGAGAAGGAAGCUCUACAUAAAGAAUAUGGGCAGUUUUUGAAGCAAUUUCAUAUCCAUGUGAGACGCUAUAAUGAGAAACAUCACCCCCACAAAAUCAAGCUUCACAGAAUCAAGGAUCAUUCAGUUCAUGAAGUACAACUACGAGAUGAGAGAAUUAAACAACUUGAAAAUGAAAUUGGAAUAUUGCGACAACGAAUGGAAAAGGAGAAGGCAUUCCAGGACCAGAUAACUGCCCAAAAUGAUAUACUGCUCCUAGAAAAAACGAAACUUCUGGAACAACUUACAGAACAAGAAGAAUUAAUCCAUGGCAAUGAAUGGAUAAUAUCUUCAGUACAGAGUAGAGUAUUUUUCCUGGAUAAAGAAAAUAAGCGAUUACAGGAAAACAGUCUCCGGCUCACACAGGAGAUUGGCCUCUUGGAGCAUAUUAUAAGGAGUAUCCAGAUUCACAGAGGAGAGGAAACAGUUAGUGAAAUCCCUGAAUUGGAAGUACUGAAUAAGAUAUUGCCUUUACCAAACUCCAGUUUUUCAGGAACGGGCCUGGUAGAGUCAUUUGGACAUCUUCAAGUAAUUGAGGAACAUAAAGCAGAAGAAACAAUGGCAAACUCAAAGUCCCCCAAGUCUGUUUCAUGUUCACAGAGUUCUGAAGUUGGAUACAUAAAUGUAGCUUUUCUGAAAGAGACACACAGCAUCCCAGAACAAGACCAAAAGUCAGACCUAUAAAAUCACCAAAUUCUAAAACUAUACUGAUCAA